AUGAAAAUCGCGCGGAGUGCUUCGACAAAGGCCAAAAAAGGAGCCAAGUGGAAGCGCGGCGCGGCCUGUAUAUCGAAUCCCUCGAAGAGAAGAUUCCGAGAUGCAGUGAAAUCUGGAACGUUCAAGACAGUGGUGAAAGAGAGUGGUCUCACUGCCGACGCCCUAUCGGUUCACAAUGCCAAACUUGGCUCAGCUGACGUGAAAUCGAUCCUGAGAGAAAGUGAGGGAAGAUCCGAAGACUCGGAAGUCGAAGAUGCUCGAUCUGCAGCUCUGACUUGGGCGACGGAUUUCUCUGCCUGCACCAACAUGUCCUUCAAUCGGCUCCUGACGAAUUGGGAUCCUUCGAGCGAGCUUCACAAAGAAAUGCUUGCCGUCCUGGCCGCGGUUACCGAGUGCAUCAAAGAGAGCAAGGGUCAGGAGACGGACUCGGAAUACCUUGGAGCGCUUCUGACGUCUCUGAGUGAUUUGAAAUCAGACAUGACGACCACCGCCAAGGUCGUCCUCAUAAACAUGGUGAUCAAACGCGUGCCGCCGUCCCUGAUUCGGCAUCGCUUUGCUGACAUCGCACGACAGCUCUACAAGUUGCUGGAAGAAUUCGAAGACUCCGAACACAACGCGCUCCUCUGCGGCUUGAUAAACAUCUCGUCGUACGUUUGCAAGCAGCAGGACAUCCGAGAUACGUCGCAAUGGACGGAUCCGGAGUCGACAACGUCGAUCCUCUUCACCGCUAUUUUGACGUAUAUUUCGCACCCGAAGCCCCGAGUCAGGAGGGCAGCCCAGAAAAACAUUUGUGGCAUCAUGCGAUCCUCACCGAACCACCCGUCGGCGAUGCUUUGCGGAAUUUACGUCACGGACAAGCUCGAAGAGUUUCGGAAAACAGGCAACAACGCUUCGCUCUUGAGCAUUCUGAACUUCCUCUCUUACGGUCUGGCGCUCCUCCCGCCGAAGAGCAUCAAGUCCGUAGCGGAAAACAUCCUGAAAGCGAUGACUGGUGGAGAUCCGUACGUCAUGGCUCAGGGUCUGGUGGCGAUCUCGAACAUGUUCAUGUACGAAUCGACGCAGCUGGUCAUCAAAGCCGAAUUGAACGCGAAGCUUCUCAACGCGCUGUACGAUUUCCAGCCCGAGGUUCAUGACACUCCGCGUCUGAGCCUCUGGGUCAUGGUCAUGCUGAGCGCUCUGACGCAUUUACACAAAGCGAACGUGAAUCUGUUCGCGAUGAAUGUUGGAAAAUUCGUCUCGGUAGCAACGAACGUUUUCCUCUGUGAGAACGAAGCGGUCCACACGGCCACCGAAAAAGUGCUCAGAGAGCUCCUGUCACUCUGCUCGGCGACGGAACAAAUCAUGGAAACUCUUCCGGGGAGUCAAGUGGCCCCAGCCGAGAAGAUUAUCGCCGCGCUCGAAGGUACUCUCAAGUACCAGUUCCACUCGGCGUGGGGCAGCAUAUUCGCCGUGUGGGGAACGGCAUUCACGAGUCUCGCAAAAUUCAUCCCGGAUCGACUCGUGGAAGUAAUUCCAACGCUGGCCGACCUGAGAGAAACCGAUGGGUUCGAAUACGUCGGUCAGGUCGACCGAGCCAUCGGCGCCGCCGUAGAAUCUCUGGGACCCAGGAAAGUUCUGGAGAAAGUUCCUCUGAACAUAACGGGAGUCAAUGACGAUGACAGUUUCCCGAGGAGUUGGCUCCUCCCGAUCCUCAGGGACCACAUUCGGGAGACGGAAUUGAAGUUCUUCAUAGAGUACUUCUUCCCUUUCGCUGGCAACCUCAGCAAGGCAGAAACUAAGGCGAGGAACGAAGGCAAAAAGCAUCUCGAGGUCUGCUACCGAGCCCUUGGCAACCAGGUUUGGUCUCUGCUCCCGGCGUUCUGCACAAAAACUUCCGAUGUCGAGGAGACCUUCCCGAAAGUAGCUCAGACGCUCGGUGUGCUCCUGAGCGCAAAGCCCGAGCGGAGACUCCCCGUGCUGUCGGCUCUGAGGAAACUCAUCGCGACAAGCCCGGAGCCGGAGCGAACCGUGGGCCGAUACGCCAAGAACUAUCUGCCGAUACUCUGUAACAUCUACGUCAAGAAAGACGAACCCGAACGUUUGGCAGCGUACGAUACGAUUCGUUCUUUCGUGGCGGUUACCGACCAGGAACUCGCCUGUAACGUUUUCAAGACCGCAAUGACUAAAAUCCGGACCACCGAAGGCGACGACGCCGAAUUCGUCCGGAUGGCGGCGACUGACAUCACGAGGGCACUUCUACCGAGGGUCACCGAAGCUGAGGGGAAAGAUCUGUAUGAGCAUUGCAUCGAAAGCCUGAAGAACGGUCCGAAAGCCAUGCAGAAAAAGGCUUACCUGACUCUGGAAGAUCUCUUCAGAGCCGAGUGUUGUCACGAGUUCGUCGAAAAGCAAUUGGACGACCUUCAACUUCUGCUCGUGACCUCAAUUUCAAAAGUGUCCAACGCGGCUAAAGCUCCGCGUCUCCGAUGCAUUAAGAGCGUUUUGUCGAGUCUGAGUUCGCCGAGCGAGAAGUUCGUUGUGUCCGUAAUACCGGAAGCGGUUCUGUGCUGUCGCGAGCCUGCUGCGAAGAUCAAGCAAGCUGCUCUCGAAGUGAUCGUGGAGUGCGCCGACGCACUACAGAGGUGGAGUAUCCCGAACGCUUUCCAGCAGUAUAUAUCGCUACUGAUGGGAGGUCUGGCCGGCUCUCCGACUUCGAUAUCGGCCGCGGUGACAGCAAUAGCGCAUUGCAUACGACAUUACAAAGAGCACCUCGUCGAGAACGAGCAGCUCCUGAGACAACUGGUCGAAGCCGUUUGCACGCUGGUCGUCUCACCGACAAGAGAAAUCGUGAAGUCGGCGCUGGAAUUCAUCAAAGGACUCUUCACCCUGAUCGAAAUCGAACAACUCGCGAAAUACGCAGACCUGAUUAUCGAACGCGUUUGCAAUAUGACCGCAGAUUGCGGGAGCCACUUUCGGGUCAAAGUCAAGGGUAUUCUAGUCAGGUUUGUUCGACGAUUCGGAUUCGAGCUAGUCGAUCAGAUGGUUCCCGAGUCGCACAAGAAAGUGCUCAACAAUAUCCGGAAGAUUGAGAACCGACGGAGAAAAGGAAAUAGCAUGGCCAGCGCGUCGACUGGAAACGACAGCGACGACGAGGACGCAAAGACCGUCCAGAGUCGUCGCCGUCAGAAAGAGAAGACAUUCGAAGACAUGCUGGGCUCGGAUUCGGACGAUGAGUCCGACCAGGAUAGCGCGGCCCGAGAAUCGGCGAAAAGGAAGAAGAAACGCGGAGUCUGGCUGAAAGAAAACGAGGGAGAGAUCGUCGAUCUCAUGGAUCCGUCGGCGAUGAAGAACAUCUCAUCGACUGAUCCGGAGAAGUAUCGCCAGAAAGUCGCUCAGCGUCUGAGUGCGAAGGAGGAGGCGGAGCAGGCUGGUUUCAAGCUGACCGAAGACGGGAAACUCCUCAUAACGAACGACAUGAUCGACAAGGAGGACAAACGCGGUAAGAAACGCGCUCGUGAACAAGAAGACUCGGACUUGGAGGAUAUCGAUGACUUGCUGGGAGCUCUGAGCGGAUAUGCAAAGUCCUCGAAACCGAGAUCCGUGAAGAGUACCAACACAAUGAAGUCAGCGAAGUCGACCGCUUCCGUCGGCAACGAGUACAGGUCUAAGAAGGCUAAGGGAGACGUGAAGUCCAAAGGACAACGAUUCGAUCCAUACGCCUACAUACCGAUGAGUCGGUCCACUCUCAACAAGAGAAAACGCGCAAAACUCUCUGGACAAUUCAACAGCGUGGUCAAGAGUGCUUCGAAAGGUGCGCGGAAAGGAAUGAAACAGAGGUCGGGGAAGAAGUCGAGGAAAAUCAUGAAGAAUUCCUGAUCCUCCGUCUGAUCAUCAGCAUCAGUCUCCGGAAGCUUGUGUACAUUAAACCCUGGAGUAUGGAAAUAUAUUCAUGUUUUGUUCGA